CCCCGUGAGGUUCGGUAAUGCGUUUUUAAAUUUAUACCAGUGUUUUUUUCACUCAAAAAUGCCGUUGAGUCUAACAAAUUAAAAACAGAGUUUCUCAAAGGUUGUAAAUUUUGUUUAAAAAUUGGAUUUUUUAACAUACAAAAAAAAUUUGCAAUAAAACUAAAAACAAAGUGCAAUUAAAAAAAAGUGUUGAAAUCACAACAAGCAAAAUUAAUAGAAAAAAAAUGUCUUCUGAGUACUCAUACUGUAGUGAAGGAGGUUUUGACGAAUUAUCCAGUUCUUCGGAUUCUGGAUUUGAUGUCAGUUAUGAAUCUCCUAAACACGAAAAUGCGGCCGAUUUAUUUACGCCAAUUAAAGAAGAACGAAGAAAAAAGACUCGUAAUACACGUUGCAAGAGUCCAACACAGGUGCUGAAAUUGAAAAGAAAUCGUCGAAUAAAAGCAAAUGAUCGUGAACGACACAGGAUGCAUACGUUGAAUGAUGCAUUGGAGAAGCUAAGAAUGACGCUACCAACAUUUCCGGAGGACACAAAAUUAACAAAAAUUGAAACACUACGUUUUGCUCACAAUUAUAUUUGGGCAUUAUCACAAACAUUGGGCAAUGCAGAAAGUGGCGAAAUAACAGUUAAUGUUGGCAAUGUGACUGUUAGUAUCAGUGAUAGUGGGAAUAUGAUAACAUCAUCGACAGGAAGUUGUGCUGUUGCUGCACAAAAAAGAUUGGGACCAACACAUUCAACAUUUCCUUAUCCACAGGAAAGAUUUAUGCCCGAAUGGCAAGAAUACGAUUGUUAUAGUGAUCAAAGUAGUAGUGUUAGUCCACCGAUACAAUAUCAAACAUGCUAUGACCAAAGAAUGUAUAAUAAUCAACAAAUUCCUAUAAAUCAACAUAAUCAUCACCAUCACCAUCAUCAUCUUAAUCUUAAUCAUCAUCAUCAUCAUGUGCAACAUCAGGGAAUGUAUCAAUGUCUUUAGAAUUAUUUUUUCUACGAAUUUUAUUUAUUUAUUUAUUAUUCUUGCGUUGCAAUAAUCAACAAAUUUUCCAUUUUUUAUUUGACAUGUAGCUGAAAAUCAGUUUGAUUGAAUCGAUCAAAUAUUUGGUUUCACAGAAUUAAUUACUCUCAAUUAUUUUGAUAUAAAUGAAAACAAUUCAAAAUCAAAUUUAUUUAAUCAAUUUAGACAAAUGUUUGAUUCAUUUAAAAAAAUUUCUUUUCUAAAUUCAGUGUAACGAACAAUAAUAAACUGUUUAGUAUGUAUAAAAGUGAUUAGAAAUUGUAAAGGUGCAGGAUUGAAGAUAUAUUUAAAAUCCUUAAAGUUCAAAUGUCCAAUAAGUAUUUCUAUAAUAGUAAGAAAUGUACAUAAAGUUUUAUAUAAUCAAGAUAUAGAU